AUGUAUACAGUUCUCUUAGCAUUUCAUUCUGUAUUGCUGCAGUACCUUAUCAGUGUCUUUCUCCAUUUGAUUCACGAGAUCACUGAUGUUGACUGGGGCAUUUUAUCUUUAGUUUUGAGUAGUGGGAAACCAUGUCGCUCUUUACAUUGUCUUGGUUUUGAUCAUUUUAUUCCUAAUAUUUUCUGUUACAAAGAUAAAUGUUUGAUAUAUUGA